AUGGGUCAUGGACCAUGGGCUCACCAAAGCGACCAAGACAAGGUUUAUUACAUGGGCAUGGGAUUUCCUCCAGGCAUUUAUGGGAUUUCUAAGGUCAUUUUAAGGUCUAACCAGGAUAAUAUCCAACUGCAUAUACGUACAACGAAUGACCUUUCACGCAUAACGCCUAACGAAGUGUACGACGCAAUAUCUCGUCUUAAUGUUACAACUACAAAUGAGGUUUCCUUACUAGACAAGACGACCACAAAGGCGAACAAGCUCUGGAAUAGUUGGGAGAAGAAAGAUUCGGGAUGGCAGAAAAAGGUAGUUGAGUUUGGGAACAAGGCUCUAAAGAGGAUACCAUAUGAGGAAUGGGGGCUGAAGUCGGUACCUCCCCUGUCUAAACGAAGACAAGAGGAAGAGCUGAGUGAUAAAGAGAAGGUUGAGGUCUCAUUUCCCUCGACUUUUCUUCCCCGAGAGAGAGUUUUGGAAAUUUUGGAAAUUCUUGGCACGGAAAGAAAACAACUUCAUAAGACGAGAUUGUGGGGUUCAAUCAUUGGGAUGCCUAUAGUUGCUCCCUUUGCGCUUGUGCCUAUGAACAAGAUCCCGUUUCCUGAUCCGAGGUGUACGACUCCUACAAAGUCAUCCAAGUCGAAAGUAUCAAAUGUUGAGACUAUGCUACUUCAUGCUUCUGACGGAAAGAGAAUUGCAAAAGCAUUAGACAUACCUGAGUUGCAAAUGGAACUUGAUCGAGCUGUAUGGCAAGUAGAAAAUGAUCUUGAAGCUAAAAGAAAGCUGGGGGAGGAAAAAGAACAAUUGGGUCGGAGCGAGGAAAAGGGCAAGAAAAAAUAG